ACGAAGAAGAAAACCGAAUAGUCAUGGCGGCUGACAGUUUGUGAUGAGCCAACGAAAAUAGCAGCGAAUAGUCUUUCAACUUAGAUUCAAUUGGUUUAAACUGUCCAGUGGGUUAAGCUCAGCCGACAACAUGCUGAUAACUUUGAAGACUUUACAGCAACAGACCUUUAAAAUUGACAUCGAUGAGGAGGAGACGGUGAAAACGUUAAAAGAGAGGAUUGAACAGGAGAAGGGGAAAGACAACUUUUCUGUUGCAGGACAGAAACUGAUCUAUGCUGGUAAAAUCUUAAGCGAUGACACGGCUCUUAAAGAGUACAACAUUGAUGAGAAGAACUUUGUGGUGGUCAUGGUGACAAAGCCCAAAACUGCGCCAACCACCACGCCAACCUCAUCGACUACUUCUGCUCCCAGCACCACAGCUCCUGCAGCUUCAUCCAGUUCAGACAAACCGGCAGAGCCGGUGUCCUCUGAAAACAAGCCUGAGGCCAAAGCAGAGGAGAAACCAGCUCCGACGACUGAGCCAUCCUCCACAACCAGUGGCACUAGAGAGAGCUCUGAGACUUCAAGCUCAAACUUAAUCAACGAAGCAGUUUCAACUCUCGUGACGGGUUCGUCGUAUGAUGCCAUGGUGAACGAGAUGAUGCUGCUGGGCUAUGGGAGGGAAGAAGUGGUGGCCGCUCUGAGAGUGAGCUUCAACAACCCAGACAGAGCUAUGGAAUACCUGCUCUCGGGAAUGCCAACCAGAGAUCAAGGUCCAGCUGCAGGCCCUGACACCGUGGCGCCUCCAUCAAGUGGAGCUCCAGCCGCUCCCUCUGGAGGUGUUAGUGCUCCUGCCAACACUGGAUCGUCACCAAGUCCUGCAGCAGGGGCCAAUCCCUUGAGCUUCCUGAGAAGUCAGCCACAGUUCCAGGUGAUGCGACAGCUGAUUCAGCAGAAUCCUGCUCUUCUCCCAACGUUGCUGCAGGAGAUCGGCAGGGAGAACCCAGAGCUGCUGCAGGAGAUCAGCAGCCACCAAGAACAGUUUAUUCAGAUGCUGAAUGAGCCCAAUCCAGACCCAGUGCCAGCAGCAGGUGGAGGUGGAGGAGCUGGAGGAAUGGGAGGUGGUACACCUGGUGGGGGUCAGACGAGCUACAUCCAGGUCACACCACAGGAGAAAGAAGCUAUUGAGAGGCUAAAAGCCUUGGGUUUUCCAGAAGGACUUGUCAUCCAAGCCUACUUCGCCUGCGAUAAGAACGAGAACUUGGCUGCCAACUUCCUUUUAUCACAGAACCUUGACGAUUGAAGGAGCACCUUCUUGUUUUCCACCAUCUUCCUCCACUGUCUCUUUGCUCGUGUUCAGUAUAUAUGCAAAAAAGCCUUUUUCCAAAGUGUUUUAUUCACCAGUUCCAAAUCAAAGUUUCACAAUGACACUGGAUAAUCCUCGGUUGGUGCCUGCUGUACUUGGACAAGCUGUUGUUAACAACUUAAAAUGGAGUAAUAAUUAAAAUCCAAGACUUUUGCAUCAGAUGUUUCCCAUGUGCCUUUUGUUUUAUUACUUAAAAGCAACUGUUUGCUGAUAUAAAGGGUUAAAUCUCAAAGGUCAUUGCAGUAUUCAUUGGCUCCUUGAAAAAAGAUUAAAAUUGGAACCAAACAAGU